AUGUCUAGCACCCACAAGGGCCCAGAUGGUACAGUGGGUGAAGAAAUCUUAGUAAUGGAGGAGGCUGGGGAGAAGGAAUACCAAAUUGAUAUAUUUUUUGCUCAGACCUGGACAGACAGUCGCCUUCGAUUCAACAGCACAAUGAAAAUUCUUACUUUGAACAGCAACAUGGUGGGCUUGAUAUGGAUCCCAGACACAAUCUUCCGCAACUCUAAAACAGCAGAGGCUCACUGGAUCACCACACCAAAUCAGCUCCUCAGAAUUUGGAAUGACGGGAAAAUCCUUUACACUUUAAGGCUGACCAUCAAUGCCGAAUGCCAGCUGCAGCUGCACAACUUCCCCAUGGACGAGCACUCCUGCCCACUGAUCUUCUCCAGCUUACAAAUUGUCAAUGCCUGGCAAGCAGAUGAGAAUGAGCAUGGCGACUAG